AUGGUGAACUACCCCAUGAGGAUGGUCAAGUUGGCUCGCCCUGCAACAUGGUCCGAAGCUUGCUUUCAGUGGAGAAUAGUAAACAGUAUACAAUGGCAAGAAUCAAUCCAUGGGACAGUCUCUGUCUCCAGGAAUAACCAGUUGUUUUUAUACUUCGGUGUGAUUUUUUUUAUUUAUUUUUUUUUGAAAGGCUCUGCUGUUGCUUCAUGCAUAGCACACGUGAUUAUAUGUACGGAUGGCUGCAGGCACUUGAUGGAACACAAAAGGCACAAGUUAUUGCGAAAGCACUUGAAUUAUGUGGCAUCGCUGCCAUCUCUUUAAACAUAAUUUCGGAUUAGUUUGAAGACUCUUCAUUGGUCCAAUUAAGCCCUGUUAGAGAUGGACGGCAUCGGGUACACCAUGCAGAAGAAGGCUGCUGAACUGGAGCGCAUGGCCGAAGUCCUCGUUACAGGAGAACAGUUACGCCUGCGGCUCCAUGAAAGUAAGGUGAUUAAAGACAGGAGACAUCAUCUCCGCACCUACCCAAAUUGCUUUGUAGCAAAGGAGAUUAUUGAUUGGCUUAUUGAGCACAAAGAAACAUCUGACAGGGACACUGCCAUCAAGAUCAUGCAGAAACUUCUUGACCAGAGCAUCAUUCACCAUGUUUGUGAUGAGCACAAGGAGUUCAAAGAUAUGAAGCUGUUCUACCGUUUUAGGAAGGAUGAUGGAACAUUUCCACUGGACAAUAAAGCCAAAGUUUUUAUGAGAGGCCAACGAAUAUAUGAGAAGUUGAUGAACACUGAAAAUACCCUGCUGCAAAGCCGUGAAGAGGAGGGAGUGACCUAUGAGCGGACACUGGUGGCCUCAGAGUUUAUAGAUUGGCUGCUGCAGGAGGGUGAAAUGGCCAUCAGGGAGGAGGCUGAGCAGUUGGGACGCAGACUGCUGGAGCAUGGCAUCAUACAGCAUAUUUCUAACAAGCACCACUUUGUAGAUGGUGGACUGAUCUACCAGUUCAAGAUGAAUUUCAGGCGGCGGCGACGAUUGAUGGAGCUUUUGAACGAGCACUGUCAUGGCAUACCGGAGAACCAUGACAGUCCGUUCUGUCUGCGCAAACAGGGCUCUGAGGGGGGAAACACCAGCUUCCUCUCAGUAAGCCCCACUAAAGAGAUAAAGGUGGUGUCAGCAGUAAGGCGGAGCAGUAUGAGCAGUAGUUGUGGCAGCAAUGGUUACUAUAGCAGCAGUCCCACACUUAUAAGCAGCCCCGCUGUGCUCUGCAACCCCAAGUCUGUCCUGAAGAGACAAGUGAGCCCAGAGGAACUUCAGACCUCUGGUGGACCUUACAUAAAGAAGACAUUCACAAUUGUUGGAGAUGCAGUGGGCUGGGGCUUCGUGGUGAGAGGAAGUAAACCCUGCCACAUCCAGGCAGUGGACCCUGGUGGCCCCGCUGUAGCAGCUGGAAUGAAGGUGUGUCAGUUUGUUGUGGCAGUUAAUGGACUGAAUGUGCUCACUCUGGACUACAGGACUGUCAGCAACCUCAUCCUCACUGGACCCAGAACAGUGCUUAUGGAGGUUAUGGAAGAAAUGGAAUACUGAUGACACAAUCCUUCUAUUGUUUUUCUUUCUUUCUUUCUUUCUUUCUUUCUUUGCCUCUGUUUCCUCUCAGUUUUUAUUGGCUGUGCAUGAGUGUGUGUGUGUGUGUGUGUGUGUGUGUGUGUGUGUGUGAGAGAGAGAGAGAGAGAGAGAGAGAGAGAGAGAGAUACAGGCAAGGCUCUUAGUUGGACUCAAAGCUCUGAGUGGAAUGUUCUUUUCAAGUGGAAUAUUCGGAGAAGUGACCUUUUGAUUCCGUGCAUCAUUUUAAUUCAAACCAUUAACUUAGAGAGCAUGACACUAAUCCACACUUUAAGAUUUGUGCCUUCCAUUGGCUCCUCGUUGACUUUUACCGGUCCAUGUCAGCCAGAGACUGUCUGCUGAGAUAUGUGGAAAAGCAACUGCCAAAUAUUGUUUUGUAGCAGAUUUUAUUUAGAACCGUUCCAUUUAAAAUACUCAUGGUAGCUUAGAAAUCUAAAUAGGUUAGCAGAUCAGAUGCAAAACUAAUUUGUGCCAUUCAUGUGAGAGCAAAAUUCAGUGCUCUUUUUUUACUUUGACUGUUUCUUCAUUCAAGUUUAAGAAUGAAUGUGAUCUGUGGAUAAAAAUAAUGCUGUCUUGGAUUGGCAUAGUUGAAACUGAUCACAUUACCUUAGUGUGAUUAGUUUUAAAUACUUUAUAUCCCUGCCAUGUUUUCCGGCACUUAUAAAUAAUAAAGAGAAUUUAUGCCUCCAUGUUAAUGCAGGGGAAAACCAACAACAGCACUUACAGAGUGUGUUCUUUAGGUGAAACACAUAACGCACAUCUAAAAUAUGUUGUACUGUGGCUCAUUUCAGUUGUACAAGUUGAAGUAUCUUGUUAAGAUUCUUUUGUCUAAAUGCCCAUUAGGUGUCAGUAAAGCAAUUGUGUAGUUAACAGUAUAAUGUUUAUAUUAUACAACAACAUCAAAAAUAAAUCUUUGUGAAAGUGUUACUGUUCUAACUGCAAAACAUAUUGCCAUGAAUAAUCAAAUUUAGAAUAGUCAUGUAGUGUUUAUAUGACAAAAAGCAAUUGACAAGAAAAUACAGUCUUCGAAUUCAGUCACCAAAAGAUGUAACUAGUUUAAGAAAACGUUUGAAUAAUGUUAUGAGUAUGUUUCAGUUAUUGUUAUUGUAUUGAAAACCAAUAAAAACACAAAUAUGAAAAAGAAAUACAUACUGUAUGUAACACUAUAGAAAUAUUUAUCAGACUAACUGAAAAAUUACAGUAGUACGAUAUGUGCAAAGAACUCCUAUGCAUGUGUAUUGUGUAUAAGUCAUCUGUGCAGGAAAAAAUACAGUGUUUAACCUCAGUAGUGCUUAUUAUUUAUUACGACACAACUGAAAGUGUUAUAUGAACUAGACAAUAAAUAAGCUCUGUUGCUAAACUACAUCUAUCAUGUGCAGAAAUGUACUGAAUUAGAGGGACAGUGGUUUUGCAGGAUGCUUCUUGUUCAUUUGGCAUUGAUUGCACUCAUUUGAGUUGAUGAGGAUGGCAAAUCAACAGGAAAACAAUGAUCUUUUGGUUUUAUAGAACUUUUUGUGCAUAUAAAGUCCCCAACCGUAAGCUUGAAUCUUCUGCCUUAAAGAUCUGUAUUGUGCUGCUAAUUCUCAUGGCAGGUCAAGUAACAUCUUUACUUAUUUUAAAGAAUAUACCAUGUCCUUUACUUAAGGCUGUGGUAUAGGUGAAGACUUUGGGGUGAUCUUGACAAUCUGAAUUUUUUUGUCUGGGUAUUCUUUUAAAUACUGGUCCAGAAAUGUGCCACAUUUUCCCCACCAAUGGGAAGUGUACUCAAAGUGUAAGCUAAUCUAAUAAUUAGUUCUUUUAUGUUUAAUUACUCUUUGGUUUUGAAAUUAAAAGGGAAACAUUCAUCCAAAUCUCUGAUUUCAAUGCAAUUGAAGUCAAUGCAUGUGUGUAUGUCUGUAUCCGUAAGGAGUAAGCUCAUGGUACUAUGUCUGUAUUUCUCUGUGCAGCUCUAAAUCAUUAUUAAUAUCUGUUUAAUAAAUGUUUUAUUAAACAUCUUGAUUUCAGUUAAA